ACUUCGGUCACACUGCAGCACUCAUAAAUUACAUUUUGUUUUAAACAAUUGAAAAUACACCUAAAAACACAAUAACAACGUUGCGGCAUUUGUAUAAUUGGCAACACGGAGUCCUACCUCAUCCGCCGACAUGUGUUAGCCGGAAAACGGGGCCCGCUGACGCCACCCAGAGUCCGUUUCGGAUUUGCCUGUGCUGCGACCCAAAACAAGAAAAAUUCGCACGCCGUCGCAACGAAUUCGCAAUGCGCUGCCGCUGAAAAUCGAGAGGUAUUCGAACCGCUUACCCGCCUUGUCGCUAACUAACCCACUAAGCCGCCGCUUAAGACACCCUGUAGCCGCUAAUUCCAACGCCAUUAGCAUCUGACCAUGGAUCAGAGGCGGAUAAUUGAAGUGUGCAGGACGUUCGGCCGGGCCAAAGACCGCGUGGUUUUGGCGUAGCGUGCAAAACAAACGCGCUGUCAUCUGUCGAUAGGUUGUGUGUUAUCGGCUGCCCUGCUAUCGCUAUCGCGCAAGGACCACGAGAGCGGCGAAAAACCGUUUUGCCUUUUCCGAGCGCCGAGUGGGUCGGCCUGUGUGUGUGUGGUGUUGUGGGUGGUGUGAAAAAAGUGCGUGCGGUCUUGUUUAUGGGCGAAAAAGAGCAGCGGCUGUCCGGCCGGAGUUAGCAAGUGCCGUGCAGGAUCCCCAGUUCGUAAGAUUAGGUCGUCGUCUCCUUCCCACCCCGCCCCUUCCUCAGCCAAGUAAUCCGCGUAUUGGGUACCGCAGCACCGACAGACGGCGACGGCCCAUGACCCGGGCUCUUCAUACACCAUCCUCGAGUUAGCACCUGCGAGAUGGCCAACAACAAUCACCCGCAUCCCGGGCACCUUAGCCAGGCGGCGCAGAAUCCCUCCUGGAACCCGCUGCAAAUACCGUCUUACAUUCCCCGACAGCCGCAGUUGGCGCACAUGUCCAACGAGCGGCCCGGCAUGGUGCGAUCGCCGCUGGCGUGGCACGUUUCCGGCUCCGUAUCCUCCCAGCCGCCGCCGCCACCGCCUCCCGAAGCCAUUUACAAUUUCAUGUCGGCCAAUCAUAAAAACCUGGACCACCAUCAUCAGAUGAAUCCCUUGCUGGCACCGCCUUACUCAGGAACAUUGCCUUUCGACUCCAUGGACCUGUCGUUGCAGUCCGCUCGCAGUGCGGCCCAGCCGCUGACCAAGCAGCCGCUGAGCCAGCAGCAGCAACAGCAAUCGCUGAUGCAUGCCCCCAAUUAUCCAUCAAUUCAAAAUCUUACGACCAACGCCUCGCCCAAUAGCGCACAGAUGCAGCAGCAGCAACAGCAACAGGGUCACCUGGCGGCCAUGGCUGCCGCACAUGCCAGUCUGCUGCAGUCGAGUAGCUCCUCUAGCAUGAGUAAUGGAGGCGUAUGCGAGUCACUACUUCCGCCACCACCGCCUACAAGUGCUGCCUCGGGGAACAGCAGCAAUCACGCGGGGAGUAAUAGCAGCAGCAGCAGUGGCGGCAGUGGGAGCAACAAUAACAUACCCAGCCCGCAGUAUAUGCAUUCUCGCGAUGAGAACUUCAAGCUGGCUCAACUAAAACGCAGCUUUGACCACGAACUGCUCUCGGGGAAGAAUCUGCAGAAGGACAAGGACUGCGCAGGAUACCCGGGAGCGGGAACACCCAGCAAACUGCCCACGCACAAUGUUCAGCAGCAGCAACACGCCAAUAAGAAACCCUCACCCCUUCGCAACUAUCACCAGCAGCAGCAACAGCCGCCCUACAACCUCACACCCAAAUACAAUGGACCACAGACGCCGCCCACGCCUCAAUCGCCGCUGGCUGCCCCGCCGUCACAUCAGUUGCAGUCCCCUACCAUGGACUACAAUCAGCUACAUUUGCACCAGCACCAUCAUCAGCUCAACAGCUCGGGUGGAGGCAAUGGCAGCGGCAACAGCUACCAGCACAUGCAAUCGGAUCACUCGCAGCACUUGCACUACCACAAUCAGCACGUGGCCAGCCAGGCAACAGCUCCGCCACCUCCACUCCUGCCACCGCACUUGGCCAGCGCCCAGUUCCAUGGCCAACAAGCGCAAGAUGCUCCGCCCCACCUGCAGGUGGCCCCUCCAAGCCAGCAGCAGCAGCAGACGCAUCAUUCCCGCAAUGCUCACCACACGAAUCUCGAUUCCUUGGGAGUCAAGCACAAGCCAGAGACAGAGGAGUCAACGCCUGUCAUUACUGAUCUGUCUUACCGGAAUGCCGAGGCGGAUAAGCCGGCAGCCAACUCAUUGCCAGAUGCUCCCGAGUCGCCCUACCUGACCACCUCGAACGAGGAGUCGCUGGAGUCCAACAGCAACAGCAGCAAUAGUCGAAAGCGUCGCAAACGAAAGUCCAGCAUGGUUAUGCGUGUUACGCCAAACGAAAACGCCCCAGAAGGUGGAAACACGAAGCAACAACAGCAGCCACAACAACCGCUGGUCCACCAGGGCAAUAGCUGUAGUCCUAAACGGUCGCCCAAGAAUGGAGGUGGUGACUUUCAACCUUUCAGCCUGCAGACGCAGACCGUCAACGAUAAGGCGCCGCAGGAGAACGGAUGCGGCGGUGGCUCACCAACGGCAGCGGAAAACAGCAGUAAUAGCAACAGCUCAACACUGUAUCAUGACAACGACAACCCCAAGACCAAGAAGCAGCGGCAGGCCCUGCUGCAGCGUAAUAUCACCGAACAGCAGCAGCAGCAGCGUCAGCAGCAGGAGGACGAACCGCCCAAGAAGCCCACGCCGCCCAGCAUGCCACCACCGAGUCCGCAGAGCAACAGCAGCAGCAGUAGCUCGAGUAGCUCCAGUGCAAACUCGCACAGCAGCCGCAGCAGCCAGGCGAGUCAUGACAAUCGGAAGGAGCCCAAGCCGGAAGGAGGUGGCCAGAACAAGACCACUACAGACACUCCAGCAUCACCGGCUUUGGUGGAACAGGGGGACAUUGACGCUAAGCCAGCGGUGAGUGUGCACGAGUGCGAUGAGGAGGAAGAACCAGCGGAACCGAUCAAAGAAACGCCAGCCGAAUCGUCUGCUCCUCCCCCCACGGAUCCGGAUGUGACCAAGAAAGCAUCGCCGGCAGCCAACUCAGAGCCCUGUCCCUUUGGGGAAGUGGAGGAUAAGCUCGAGGAAAUGUUUGCUGGCAUCGAGGAGGAGUCGGAAACGAUUUGCAGCCCCGAAAAGCCGGCGGAAGAGGCUGUUAACCAUGACUUAAGCGCACAGCUGGCUCUGGACAGCGCCAAACCGGAUGAGGCGCCAGCGGAAAAGAUUGAAGCUACAGCAGCAGCUGCUCCGCCUGAGAUUAGGCCAAUGGCAACCAAGGCGGCGAUGAAGUCAACGAUGCCCAGUCCCGUGCACAGUCCCGCGCCACAAGCCCGAAGCUCCACCUCCACGCCCCUGACAGCGGUUGAAGAGAGUAAGGACAACACUCCUGCUGCUCCUGCAACCAAGGCGGCCUCAUCCCGGAGGCUGCCACCUCGAAGACUAUCGAUGGGCAUGGACGCCUCCUUGCUGCGCUUUAUGAUCGACGAGUCGCCACCGGCCAAGAAGCCAGGACGCAAAAAGAAAGCCGUUUCACAGCCAGAGCUGGACGACGAAGAGGACGAUGACAAGCCUAGCACCUCGGCAGCAGCUGCAGCGGCACUGGCGGCUCGCCAGCUAAGCGAGGCGGCAGCUGCGCCGAAGGGAAGGGCUACAGGCGGAGCCAAGAAGAAAAACGCCGUGGGCAAAGGCAAAAAGGGAGCAGCGACUAAGGCCAAUGCGAAGAAUGCCAAGCAGAAUGGAAAGAAGCCUGGCCGGAAGCCAGCGAUCACCACCGACGAGGACAGUACUCCGGCCCCCACAAACGGAGGCGGCGGCGGUGCAUCAGGUUCCGCCGAGUUGAGGUUUAAGUCACCCUUCAUUCUCAUUAAACCGGACGGCAGUGUGAGCAUUAAGAACACUCACAGCGCCGAGGACGUCAACGAGAAGCAGACCAAGGUUAAGAAGGCGCCGCACGAGCGAAAAAACCUGCGGGGUAUGCACAGCUCCACUCUGAGUAACCGGUACGAUGCGGACACCACAGACUCCACCUGGAUAUGUGUGUUCUGCAAGCGGGGACCGCACAAGCUGGGCCUGGGCGAUCUCUUUGGUCCGUAUUUGGUGACCAGCGACUGCGAGGAGUAUCGAGCGGCCUUGCAGGCACCUGGUGUCCAGGACGUGGAUGGGCUCUUCGUUAGCAAGCGGCGGCGCGAGGAUAUGGUAAAGACGCAGGAGAGAAAUCUGCCUGUGGUGCCCGCUACGCUUGGCCAAAUAAUGCAGGCACCCAAAAUAAGCAUGGUAAGAAAACGCAAGCAGACACACGACAGUACCAUGUCCUACAGCGACGACCCCAACGACUCGCGCUCACUGUGCUCCUCUGUGGACCCGCUGGACUGCAGCCACGAGUCCAAGUUUAUAGAGACAUUCCGCGGAAUGGGGAAAACCUCAGAGCACGGCUAUGAAGUGUGGCUGCACGAGGACUGCGCUGUGUGGAGCAACGACAUCCAGCUGAUCGGCGCCCAUGUGAAUGGACUGGACGCAGCGGUGUGGGACAGCACGCGGUACCACUGCGUUCUCUGCCAGCAAACGGGAGCAAGCGUGUGCUGUUUCCAGCGAAGCUGCAAGGUGGCAGCCCAUGUGCCAUGCGCGCGAUCGGCCAAUUGGAGCUUAAGAGAGGAGGACCGCAAGGUUUAUUGCCAGCUGCAUUGCGACAAUGCAGAAGCUGGUUCCGUGAAAAUGGAGCCCCUAACGCCGGCUGCGACGGCCAUUCCAGGACCCGCUCCUGCACCGCCGCCUGCGUUCAACGUUCACUCGCUUCCCUGAGUACGCGUGCGCGUCCAGAAAUGCCGCCUGGUCGCCAAGCGUUGAGCGUUGAAGGCACGAUCCCGCAGAUUCCCAAGCAGCUCGCUGCACCCCCUUUAGCUUUGUACAUAAGUCUCCGACUGGUGGGCAUUUCGUAAUCCAUACAAAGUUUUUUGUAUAAAUCCGCUGUACAAUUUUAGGCUUUAUACUUAGUUAGGUUCCUCCCUCACGCCGCAUCCUUAGUUGUUUAUGUUUAAGUCGAAAGUUAAAUUAUUCUAUCUCGCCCUUGCAUUAGUACCUUUUAGUUGUAGUUAUUUUUAAUGCCCACCCACCCCCUCUGCAUCACCAAUUGACUAUUGAUAAUUCGGUUUAGUUGAAUUCUGUCUGUAUAAACGAAUACUCCAUGCCAUACCGCGAUAACUAACACUGAGUAAUCACCAUAACUGAAGCAGACACGGGAGACGAUGCGCAGUUGCACUAACGUUACGUAUAAAUAGAACGAACAUUCGAAGCCCAAUUCAAAAUGGAAUAUUGUAAAACAAUAUAGAUAUAUGAUGAUAUAUAUGCAUAUAAUAAUUAUAAUUAUAAUUAUAAUAAUAUUAGAAGUGCUAAUGUAAAAGUUAAUGCCAGCAUAAUGAAACCUUGUAUUGUAUUCGUAUCCGGUAAGGUCUGUACGUAUUUGCUGAUAAUUUUAAACUCUAAAGCGUAUAAACAAUAAAAACUUAAUCUCACAAGCAAGAGCACAAACUU